AUGUUCCUCUUAUUUGCAACACUUCUAUCAGUGGCACUUUCUGGUAAUGGUUUGAAUGUCCAAAGUCAAAUGUUAUUGAUGCCAUACCCAAAGUCACUUGCCUUCAAUUACUUAGGUACAACUUCACUCAUUGCAACAUCAACCGUCAAAAUGUCACUUUCAUCGAAUUGUCAGAAUGAUAUUAACUGCUUGGCAUUCAUGCAGUCCAACUUCAAUCAUACCAUUACAUACCCUUUACAAGUUCAAAGUGGUAUUAAGGACUUUAGAAUCUCCCUUUUCAGUGUUAUUGAUAUCCCACACAUUACCCCUGGCUCUACUACUACACUCUCUACAAUUAAUAUCUACUUGACUGCACCCAUCUACUUCCCAACACUUAAAAUUGGUAUCGAUGAAGACUACCAACUUUCUGCAACUUCAAGUGGAGUCACUAUCACUGCCUCAAAUGCAUAUGGUGCAAGACAUGGCCUUGAAACCUUAAUCCAGUUGUUUAGACCACUUGAGAGUAAAAGUGGGUCCUUUGCUAUCUCACAACUCCCAAUCACCAUUUCAGACUCUCCACGUUUCAAAUGGAGAGGAUUGAUGUUGGAUUGCGCUAGAAAUCCACUCUCAAAAGAGACCUUUGUCAAAGUCAUUAACUCACUCGCAGCAGUCAAGGCCAACGUUUUGCACCUUCACUUGACUGAUGGCCAGACUUUCGUGUUCGAGUCAAAGGAAUAUCCCAAUUUGUCCGCAAAAGGAGCUUAUGACCAAAAUAAAGUCUUGACCCAAAAAUUCUUACAACAACUUUCUGAAUAUGGAAGAAGCCGUGGAGUUAUCGUUUACCCAGAAAUCGACAUCCCCGCUCAUGCUGCGUCCUGGAAUCUUGGAUACCCCGGGGUUGUUGCAGAUUGUUGGAGUACUAUUAAAACGUGGAGAUAUGGAGAAAACAUCCCAGCACUUAAUCCCACCAACGACACCACUUUCAAGAUAUUGGAGGCUUUAUUCCAAAGGGAGUUGCCCAAUGUCUUUGGCAAUGAUUAUGUUCAUAUUGGUGGUGAUGAAAUGGUCAUGACUGCAUGGGAGGAUGCUGUUGAGUACAGUGAUAUUCAGAAAUGGAUGUCUGCAAAUGGGAUUUCGACUCUUUUGGGACUUGAGUCGUACUUCAACAAGUACGCGCAAGACAAAGUUAUGGCGAGUGGGAAGACUCCAGUUGCAUGGGAAGAAGUCUAUAAAAAGGGGAAUGCCGACAAGAGUACAAUAGUUGAAGUCUGGAGUGAUAUUUCAUUAUUGAAAAAAGCAGUAGAUGACGGGUAUAAGGCAAUUUGGUCUGCUGGAUUCUAUCUUGAUAUGCAGAGACCACUUGCUUCACAAAGUGAACAUCACAUGUGGGUUUGGACAAAUCGAGACUUCUACGCAAAUGACCCAACAAGUUCAUUCACUGCUGCUGAACUAGAGAAUGUUCUUGGUGGGGAAGGAUGUUCGUGGCAUGAGAGUGUCGACGACGCCAAUGUUAUAGAACGAAUUUUCCAGCGGUAUAAUGCUAUUGCUGAAAGACUUUGGAGUGCUAAGAGUAUGACCAAUGCGGAAAGUCUUGAAGUUAGAGCAGAUUAUGUCCGAUGUUUAGGACAAAGAAGAGGUUUCAUGAGAAGUGCUGGACCACUGUAUGCGUCAUACUGUCAACUCCCUGAAGAGAAAUAA